AUGUUAAAGAAACAUUGUUGUAACUCGGCCACCGGUGGUGCAUUGGUCGAUGGCUUUAUUGGUGUUGUUUCUGAUCAGAUUGGCAGCCGCCGAGUCUUCCCGUUGAAACUUGAGGGAUUGCGGUUCAUGUGUGUGUUUCGGUUCAAAAUGUGGUGGAUGACUCAGAGAAUGGGAAAUUGUGGCCAAGAUAUUCCGUUUGAGACUCAGUUUUUGAUUGUGGAAGCACGAGAGGGGUCUCACUUCGACAAUGGAAGUGAAAUCGGAGAGCAAAACUCGGCGUUAUACACCGUGUUCUUGCCCAUUCUUGAAGGAGAUUUCAGGGCUGUGCUUCAAGGGAAUGAACAAAACGAGUUGGAGAUUUGUUUGGAGAGUGGGGAUCCUGCUGUUGAUGGAUUUGACGGAAGUCAUUUGGUUUUUGUGGCUGCCGGAUCCGACCCGUUUGAUGUCAUUACAAAUGCAGUGAAGACUGUUGAGAGACAUCUUCAAACAUUUUCCCAUCGGGAGAGAAAGAAGAUGCCAGACAUGUUGAACUGGUUUGGGUGGUGCACUUGGGACGCCUUCUACACCGAUGUCACCUCAGAGGGUGUUAAGCAAGGACUAGAGUGCUUAGAGAAGGGUGGAAUUCCUCCAAAGUUUGUUAUAAUCGACGAUGGGUGGCAAUCCGUUGCAAUGGAUCCCGCUGGUUUGGAAUUCAUAGCUGAUAACACUGCCAACUUCGCGAACAGGUUGACACAUAUAAAAGAGAAUCACAAAUUUCAGAAAGACGGCAAGGAGGGUCAGAGAGUAGAGGACCCAGCUUUAGGACUGCGCCACAUUGUCUCUGAAAUAAAAGAUAAACAUGAUUUGAAGUAUGUUUAUGUGUGGCAUGCAAUAACAGGCUACUGGGGAGGUGUUAGACCCGGAGUUACCGAAAUGGAACACUAUGAAUCCGAGAUGGCGUACCCUAUUUCGUCUCCCGGGGUUCAGUGUAAUGAGCCUUGUGACGCUUUGAACAGCAUCACAAAAAAUGGUCUCGGCCUUGUGAAUCCAGAAAAAGUUUUCAAUUUCUAUAAUGAACUUCACUCGUAUCUGGCAUCAGCUGGAAUUGAUGGUGUCAAAGUUGAUGUUCAGAAUAUACUUGAAACCCUUGGAGCAGGCCAUGGUGGAAGAGUGAAACUUGCUCGAAAAUACCAUCAAGCACUCGAGGCAUCUAUCGCCAGAAACUUCCGCAACAAUGAUAUUAUUUCUUGUAUGAGUCACAACACUGAUGGUUUGUACAGUGUCAAGCGAACAGCUGUUAUAAGGGCAUCAGAUGAUUUCUUUCCAAGAGAUCCAGCAUCUCACACAAUUCACAUUGCAUCGGUGGCCUACAACACGAUUUUCCUUGGUGAAUUUAUGCAGCCCGAUUGGGAUAUGUUUCAUAGCCUACACCCAAUGGCUGAAUACCAUGGAGCAUCUCGUGCGGUAGGAGGAUGUGCCAUUUAUGUCAGUGACAAGCCUGGACAACAUGACUUUAAUCUACUGAAGAAGCUUGUACUUCCUGAUGGUUCCAUAUUGAGAGCCAAACUUCCAGGAAGACCGACUAGGGAUUGCUUGUUCUCUGAUCCUACUAGAGAUGGAAAAAGUCUUUUAAAGAUAUGGAACCUGAAUGAUUUCACCGGGGUCAUGGGGGUCUUCAACUGCCAAGGAGCUGGAUGGUGUAGGGUUGGAAAGAAGAACCUUAUCCACGAUGAACAACCUGGCACUGUAUCAGGAUAUAUUAGAGCAAAAGAUGUUGAUUAUCUACCCAGAGUUGCUGGUGCUGAAUGGACAGGCGAUGCAGUCUUAUAUUCCCAUCUUGGUGGAGAGGUAGUGUAUCUUCCAAAGAAUGCAUCAAUGCCAAUCACACUGCAGUCGCGAGAAUAUGAAGUUUUCACGGUGGUUCCUGUGAAGGAAUUGUCGACUGGAACUACAUUCGCACCCAUUGGACUAAUCAAGAUGUUCAACUCCGGUGGAGCCAUUAAGGAGUUGAAAUAUGAAUCCGAGGGAAGUGCAACAGUUGGCAUGAAAGUUCGCGGAUGUGGCCUGUUUGGAGCAUACUCAUCGUCGCGACCACAGAGAAUCGUGAUCGAUGCAGAGGAAGUUCAGUUUGGAUAUGAUGAACAAUGUGGUCUGGUCACUCUCUCUUUGAGAGUUCCAAAGGAAGAAUUGUACCUGUGGAACAUAACCAUUGAGCUAUGAGGACUUAAAACACCAACAACACAAUUAAGGAGAUGCCGAAGAUAGCUAUUUGUUUCUCUGCAAGCUUCCUGUUCUUUCAUCAUGAAAUGGCUUUAGCAGCCAUAAGUUCAUAGUGUCCUCGUAGUUGUUUGUAGAAUAACAACUGUAACCAAUUAUUCAAGGAAAUGAUAAAAUCUUAAUGUUGGUUACAGUUGAAAUUGUUUUACCUUGAUAUGCUUCAAUUAAAAUUUUGAUGUGGUA